AUGGCUUCAACUUAUUGGGCAUCACUGAAAAAUCGGAUAUGUUCGCGGGAAUGUGGAGGCAGCAAGGGCUCAAGCCCCUAUGGGUAUGGAUCAACAGCGUUGGAAGCUGCUAUUGAACAAUUUUUAACAGAACAACAUCAAAAACGAUCCGCUAGAAACAAAGAAUGCCGGAAGAAGCAAGUAGUGAAGAAUCGUGGAGGGACGUGCAGCUACGGUAGUGCUUGUUUCAAGAAAGAUGUUGAUGUGAAUGAUUUUCUUCAAAACCCGGCAUUUGUGACGGCCAUUGGAGACAUUUUUCGCUCGUUUAAAAACCAAGUCAACGAGGAAAACAACGAUGGGGAGGACGGUGGGGAAGACGAAGACAACUAG